UCCUCGUGCUGUCCUCGCCGUGCACGCGCGUGGUACCCACGGUCGUGAGGAGGAGGAUGUUGCGCGUGAAGGGGAAAUGGCUGCCGAAAACAAGCCGGAAGGACUGAAGAAAGUUCGUAAUCCGGAUCGAAUGUACAGAUCAGCAGUGUGUUAUGCUGGCCAUGGUCCACCUAAGAGUAUCAGUGAUGACACAGAGAUGAACAAUGAACAUGGACAUUUGAAAAUAUACCUGCCCAAGAAGCUGCUUGAAUGUCUACCGAAAUGCACCUCGCUGCCAAAGGAGAGACACCGGUGGAACACUAACGAGGAGAUUGCAGCUUACUUGAUAACAUUUGAAAAGCAUGAAGAAUGGCUAACAACAUCCCCUAAAACAAGGCCGCAGAAUGGGUCGAUGAUAUUGUACAAUAGGAAGAAGGUGAAGUACAGAAAGGACGGCUACUGCUGGAAGAAGAGGAAAGAUGGGAAGACCACACGGGAGGAUCACAUGAAGUUGAAAGUGCAGGGAGUUGAGCUUGCCCAUCUCACCUUCCUUCCUUCCAGAUGGCACAUUUCACAACCUGCUAGGCACGAUCAAUCAAGCCCAGAUGCAGACUGGGCUAUUAAGUGUCUGUAUGGCUGCUAUGUCCACUCUUCUAUCAUCCCCACGUUCCACCGUAGGUGCUACUGGCUGCUCCAGAAUCCUGACAUCGUGCUCGUCCACUAUUUGAAUGUUCCAGCAAUCGAGGAUUGUGGGAAACCAUGCGGCCCGAUCCUGUGCUCCAUCAACACAGACAAGAAGGAGUGGGCCAAAUGGACCAAGGAGGAGUUGAUCGGCCAGCUCAAGCCCAUGUUUCAUGGCAUCAAGUGGACUUGCAGCAAUGGGAACAGCAGCUCUGGCUUCUCAGUGGAGCAGCUAGUGCAACAGAUUCUGGACAGCCACCAAACUAAGCCACCUCCCCGGACUCACAACUGCCUCUGCACUGGCACCCUGGGUGCAGGGAGCAGUGUGCACCACAAAUGCAACAGCGCCAAACACCGCAUCAUCUCCCCAAAGGUGGACCCUCGCUCAGGGGGCUACAGCAGUGCCCACUCUGAGGUACAAAACAACGAUGUGUCAGAAGGAAAAACCGAGCACAGUGGCCACGGCGGAGCCAAAAGCUCUGGUGGAGGGGGUGGAGGGGGCAGUGCCAGGGAGAAACGCAAUGGCAAAGUCCACAAGCCUGUCCUACUGCACCAGAACAGCACAGAGGUGUCAUCUACCAACCAGGUCGAGGUCCCUGACACAACGCAGAACUCCCCUGUCUCCAUCAGCAGUGGCCUCAACAGCGAUCCAGACAUGGCUGACAGUCCUGUAGUAACAGGGAUAAGCCAUGUGGCCUCUGUCAUGUCUGGCCUGUCCCAGAGUGUCUUUAUGUCUGAGGUCACAGGAGACCCUGUUUACAGCAUGUCUCCUACUGGGGGUCCCAACACUCACCUGAUGGGUGCAGAUGCCACCUCACAGGGCUUGGUGCUGUCUGUGGCCUCUGACCGUCAUAAAUUUGCUUUCCCCACUGGAGGAGUAGGGGAGUCUGGGAGUACUGCAGCAGGAAAUGGUCUGUCCAUGUUGUCAGCAGCUGGGGUGUCUGAUGAGCUGGUGCUUUCCAGUAGCCUGGAUGCUGGAACCAUCAAGAUCCCUGAGACCAAUAUGAACUUUGACCCCGACUGCUUCCUGAACAACCCCAAACAGGGCCAGACCUAUGGAGGCAGUGCACUCAAGACAGAGGGCAACUCGUCUUCAACCUCAUCUUCUUCUGGUGGCAGCAGCAGCACUAAUGGCAGUCUGCAGCACUCCCCCACCAUGUCAGACAAUGGCUACACCUUCAGCUCAGCUUUGAUAAAGAAUAUCAAGACUGAAGACACUUCCUUUGAGCAACAGCUGGCCAAAGAGAGUGGCUACCAAGUGGGGGCAGUAGUAAACUGUGGCAGUGGGGUGUCUGUGUCAUCUGGUGCUGGUUCAAGCCAGGGCAACCUUACCCUGACACCAGCAGGUUCCCUGCUUCCUUCUGGUGGGGGUCUGAGUCCCAGUACCACCCUGGAGCAGAUGGAUUUCAGUGCAAUUGAUGCCAAGCAGGACUACACUUCCAGUGCUCCCACAGUGAGCUACGGUCAAGCCAUGUCCAGUCCCCACAUGCAACAGCAGAAUCGGUCACCCAGCUUUUUUCUCCAGGAUGCCUCUCAGACUGGCCCAGCUCAGCAGGGGAGGCCUGGCAUGGGCCCGAAAACACAUUUGAUGGAGCACAAUUCCCAUGACUCUGGAGCUUAUAUGGGGCUGCAGGUGGUGAAGACAGACUCCCCAGGCAGCAAUGGCCAUCUCCACCAUCACCAUCAGGCCCACCAGGCCCAGCACAGGGCCAACUGUAAUGGAGGCUCACCCACAGAGGGGCCUGGGCAGGCUGGCUCUCUCCAGCUGCUGCAGUACCAAGGGACCUUUCCUGGACUUGGCACUGAGCAUGAGGAGGUGGUGGGUCUGGAACAACCAGGCAGUGUGAGUUCAGGUCAGAGUGGAGUUGCUGAGAAUGGAGCUGAGAAUCUUCUCAAGCCAGGAGACCAUAUUCAGGCCUGUGGGGCAGGAAACGGAGAGGGAGGGGGCGCAGAGCACUACCUGCAACAGGCCUCAGAUGGUGGCGGAGGGGGGACUGGAGGUGCAGGAGAGGGUGUUGCAAUGCAUAAUGGGAACAACAACAGUGAUGGCAGCAGCCGCUCCCAGCAGCAACAGCAUCUGCAGCCUCUUCUCCAAGGCACAGCCAUGGUCCAGGGACUCUACAAUGCUGUAGGAACCCACCAAGGUUUAGGUGGAGCAGCCAGCAAUGGAGGAACAGGGGGGACAGGCAUGGAGAUCAGUUUGGAUCAUUUUGAUAUUUCUUUUGGAAACCAGUUCUCUGACCUCAUUAAUGACUUCAUCUCAGUGGAUGGCAGUGGCACCGCCAUGUCAGCUGGAGGGGCCCUAUAUGCUCACCAGCUAGUAUCCGCCCACAGCUCUGAUAGUCAAAACACAGCAGGGGGAGGGGCCCAGCAAGGCCAAGAAGAUGGAGGGGCCAGGGGAUCUGGCUACAGCCCCUCAGAGCUCUGCCUUCAACCUUGCUGCAGCCCCCAGUCUCUGAGCGGAGGGGCUGGAGCAGGGGGAAACGCAGGAGAGGCAGGCUCACUGACCUACAUGAAUGUUGCGGAGGUGGUUUCUGCAGCUGUAGCCCAGGGGGCUCUGGGUAUGCUUCAUGCCACAGGCCGGCUCUUCAUGGUCACUGACUACUCCCCUGAGUGGUCCUACCCUGAGGGUGGAGUUAAGGUGCUGAUCACUGGGCCCUGGCAGGAGGCCAGCUCGAACUACAGCUGCUUGUUUGAUCAAAUCUCGGUCCCAGCCUCUCUCAUCCAACCUGGGGUGCUGCGCUCCUACUGCCCAGCUCAUGACACAGGUCUGGUGACGCUGCAGGUGGCUGUCAGUAACCAGAUCAUCUCCAACUCUGUAGUGUUUGAGUACAAGGCCCGCGCUCUUCCUUCACUGCCAUCAUCUCAGCACGACUGGCUCUCGCUGGAUGAUAACCAGUUCAGAAUGUCAAUCCUGGAGCGCUUGGAGCAGAUGGAGAGGAGGAUGGCAGAGAUGGCUAGCCACCAGCAGCCGAGCAGUGCAGGGAGUGGUGGAGCUGGGGGAGGAGCAGGGGCAAUAGGGGGCAGAGGAGGUGGAGGGGGGGGUAACAACAGCCAGUCACAGUGUGUAUCUGGCCAGACACAGGCAAGCAGCUCCUUUGAGAGCCGUGUCGUGGUGGUCUGUGAGAAGAUGAUGAGCAGAGCUUGCUGGGCCAAGUCUAAACAUUUAAUCCACUCCAAGACCUUCAGAGGCAUGACACUCCUCCACCUGGCUGCAGGCCAGGGCUACGCCACCCUCAUACAGACACUCAUCAAGUGGCGCACGAAGCAUGCUGAUAGUAUUGAUUUGGAGUUAGAAGUGGACCCCCUCAAUGUGGAUCACUUUUCCUGCACGCCUCUGAUGUGGGCGUGUGCACUAGGUCACCUGGAGGCAGCAGUGGUUCUGUAUAAAUGGGACAGACGUGCUCUAGCUAUCCCUGAUUCUCUGGGUCGCUUGCCCCUGUCAAUUGCCCGCUCUCGUGGCCAUACCAAAUUGGCUGAAUGUCUGGAGCAGCUACAGAGGGAAGAGCAGCAGCCACCAGCCCCUUUACCACCUACAACUCGCAUGUCUUUCACCCCAGCCCCUGAUGGACCCGCCACUGACAGCUGGAUGGUCAGCUGGGCAAAUGACAGUGUAGUAACACCAAGCGGCAAGAAGGGAGGUCCUGCCACCACUUCAACCACAUCCAGCACCACCAGCCUCAAUCCUGACUUGAGAAGGCCCAGAUCAGAGCCGUCCAACUACUACAGCAGCGAGGGCCAAAGAGACUUACCACUAGCUAAAAAACAUAAACCCAAUCCAGAACUGUUUCAGACCCGGCCUGACAAGGCCAUGUCUGUUCCUCUGAGCCUGGAGCAGCAACAGCUUCACAAGCUGUCUAGUCCCAAGAGCCUGUCCUCAGAGGGCUUGAGCUCAGACAAGGGCCUGUCGACAGGAGGCAGCACAGGGACAGCCAGAUGGACCCCCAGAGAGAGUUUCUCCAGCAGCGGCAUGGGGAGGAAGGCACUGGGGGUCAGUGGAGGCAGCAGUGUGGGGAAGGAGAAACUGAUCAACCGAUUACGCCAACGGGAACAGCUAGGCAUGUUGGUGAUGGCAGACAGAGAAAUGGCUGAUGCAGAACUGUUAUCCUACCGGGAGGAUCUGGAAAACCAGGACUGUCUCACACAGAUGGAUGACCUGCAGGUAAACAUGAUGACUUUGGCAGAGCACAUCAUUGAAGCAACGCCAGAGAGAAUCAAAAGGGACAACUUCCACGCUGCGGACUCUGUGCCCUUAGACACUUCAGGGGUCAGCAACACUAUGAACUGGCUUGCCAAUUACUUGGGAGAUGUGGAACAGCUGCCGAGCAUCAUACACUUACGAUCUCUUUAUAAUGAACCCCUGACCCCAUCGUCCAACCCCAGCCUCAGUCCCGGGGGGUCUCCUCUGAGAGAAGGACCCCUGGAGAGGGCCAUGCUCCCAUCCCCAGCUGACUGGAGUGAGUUCAUCAAUGCCUCCAACAGCAAGGUGGAACGAGACUUGGCCCAGUUGACUCUGUCAGAUCCAGAGCAGAGAGAGCUGUAUGAGGCUGCCCGCCUAGUCCAAACUGCCUUCCGCAAGUACAAGGGACGGCCGCUCCGCGAGCAACAGGAAGUAGCUGCUGCCGUUAUUCAGCGUUGUUACAAGAAAUACAAACAGCUAACAUGGAUAGCCUUGAAGUAUGCACUUUAUAAGAAGAUGACGCAGGCCGCCAUCCUUAUCCAGAGUAAAUUCCGCAGUUACCAUGAACAGAAGAAGUUCCAGCAGAGUAGGAGGGCCGCUGUGCUCAUUCAGCAAUACUACCGCAGCUACAAGGAGUUUGGGAAGCUGAAGCCCCACCGCCGUGGGGCAGCUGCUGCCCUGGUGCAGCACAAACUGAGAGGAAGUCUGCUGACAAAGAGGCAGGAUCAGGCUGCCAGGAAGAUCAUGAGGUUUCUGCGUCGCUGCCGCCACAGCCCCUUGAUGGACCAUAGACUGUUCAAGCGGGGUGAAAGAAUUGAAAAGGGCCAGGGAACAUGAGACCCCUCAGAAGAGCCCCCUCGCUAUGUGACAUCACUCUCCUGACUCCUCUUUUCUUUUUCAUUUGUAACCGAGACAUUUUACAAGAGAGAUGGAAAAAAAAACAUCAAUGCAAGCACUGCAAUUAUUACUACUACUGCAGUGUCACUGGGUCAACUACUCUUUCAUGUACAACAGCAUUUUUUCACAUAUCUAUUCUUUCCACUGACUUGAUUUUGGUCAGAGUGGCAACAUUUACGGGAUUAUAAACUAAGUGGGUCGGGGUGGGGGGGUGUGGAACAUUUGCUUCAUGGCAUUUUUUGCACUUUUUCAUGGAUUGCUUUGUGUUUUCUGGAUGUAAAGAGGAUUUGGACAGUGAAGGAAGUGAACCCAAGACACAUUCGAGAAGGUGUGUCACAUAUCAGAACCCGAAGAGACGUAAAUGAAGGCUGCUGCGGAAGAUCUCAGAGGAUAGGGAGACCAUGCAGAAACACUCUGGGCUCUAAUUGCAUAUCACUUUUUUUUUUUUUAAUUACCAACUAAUUGAUUUGAAGAACAAAGGUUUUGUUUUUUUUACCAAAUAUAUCAGUAACCCACACACUCACUUCUGUCCACUGCUAUAGAUGGUAUACUAUUCAAUGAUCUCAACUAGUUCCUCCUGUCCCACUGUGCUCAACCCCACCUGUCUGCCCACACGGGUGGAGCUACAGAUGAAUGUAGUCAAGGGUUUAACCAUGCAGAUGCAGAUGGGGGAAGGUAUAUUUUCAUUUUGCCAUUUCUUAAAAAAACAUCCUAUGUUUUAUCGUAAAAACUGUCACUUUAUUACUUGAAUUUGUUCCAUACUGUCCAGUGUAUUUGUUCCGUUAUGUCUAAUGUAUUGGUGAUCUGUAUCUUCAGACUCUAUGUUGUUGAACCCUACCAAGAAAAAAAUGCAUGACUUCUUGGCAAGAAAAGUCUUUGCUCGUGUGCUUAUGGUCUAGUCUUUCAGCCCAUCCUCUGAUUUUCUUUCAGUUUCCCACUGUAGUGGUACUUGUAUCCAUCUUCUCUCAUAUGCGUUUUGCCAUCUCAGUAAUGAAGCUAUACCUGUUUUGUCCUUUUUUUCUUUUGUUUCUGUUUGCCUUGUUCAGCUGACUGCUCCUCUGAAAACAUAAGAAAAGAAAAGAACUUUCUUUUUUUGCUGAUUUUGUGUUGUAAGGGUUAUGGUCAUGCAAGUUAUUGCUGUUCUUUUUAAAUGAACCUCAGAGCCUGUGAAGGCUUCUGAGGUGAAGAUCACAUACAUUGCCUUGACGUCUUAGAGAUUCUUUGAGGGGUCCCUAAGCUUGUCCCAAAAUAGGGGUUUGACAAAUCCAUAUUUUUGACAAUUGAGCGAUUUCUGUAUAUAAAGAAGGCUGAAAGUACGUAGGAAAAACCAUUUACCCAAAGGGGAUUGUAUUUUAGAAAUAUAUUAUUUUAUUCAUUAAAAAUGGGUCAAAAACAGGUCAGAGACAAAAACAAAAUAUUUGUAUAGUUUUGUUCGAAUGCCUAAGAAGUAUGGUUGUGUUGUUUGUAUAUAGUGUAAAUACCUGGGAUAAAAAUGAGUUAUGUGCAUGAAAAGUAUGAACAGAGUCAAAAGGGGAAAAAAAACAACAAAAGCAGUAGUGGCUAUGCUCUGUAAAAUGAAAA